AUGGUGAAAAGGGUAAGUUUAGAAGUAUUGGCUAUUGCCGAAAAUUCUAUUUCUGAAAAUGAAGAUGAUCUGAAAAUCGUCGACGAGAAGGGAAAAGUGCAAGGGGUCAACAAUGCCAAUCCGAAAAAAAGAUUAAAAACACGUAGUUUGUACCGUCAACCGACUGUUAACGAGCUAAACCGUCUCCAGGAGACAGAAAAUCUUUUCAAUUCAAACUUAUUUCGUUUACAAAUAGAAGAAAUCUUACUUGAGGUGCAAGUUAAAGAAAAAACUGAGAAAAAAUUCCAGGAGUGGUUUUUACAGCUAAAAGAUCAUCUGCUGUCUAUAUGUGAAGAUGGCACUGAAUACAAUCUUACUGAGCCAACACUGCAUAAAAAGCUCAAAGUAAAAUUACCUAUUAGCACUAAACUUGAUAAGACCAAGUGUGUUUUCAAGUUCUUGAAAUUUGAUAAUGUAGAAAUAGCUGGGUCUUACAGUUUAGGAUGUUCCAUAAAUUCUAAACUAAAAGUUGAUUUACAAAUUACUGUACCAGCUGAUACAUAUACCAAAAAUGAUUCCAUCAACUAUAGGUAUCAUAAAAAGAGAGCAGCUUACUUGGCAUGCAUUGCGGCCCAUCUGAAGAAUUAUGAAGGAGUAGAAAAUUUACAGUAUUCUUGGAUAAAUGGUUGUGAAACAAGACCAGUUUUAGAUUUGACACCAACAGGAAAGUUAGGCAAGCAUAUGACGGUACGAAUUGAUUUGAAAAGUCAAUCAGAAGCUUACAAGUUACAUAGAUUUAGUCCAUCUCGUAAUAACUUGAGAGAAUCAUGGCUUUUGUCGGAAAAUGCUGAGAAUAACACUGAGGUUGGCCCACCAACUCCCUUCUACAAUAGCAGCAUUCUAUGUGACCAAACAGCUGCAGAAAAUAACAGUGUAUUAGAACAAACAUUGAUGAACAGUGAAAAUUUAAAGCAAUCAAUUGUAUUGCUCAAAAUAUGGCUAAGACAAAGAAAUCUUCAGGUCUCUGGCUACAUAAUCAAUAUGUUUAUUGUAUAUUUAGUUCAGAAUAGGAGAAUAAAUAACAUUAUGAGCAGUUACCAGAUUGUGAGGAAUGUCUGGAUUGCAUUAAAAACAUCAGAAUGGGAUACAAAAGGAAUAUCUCUGUGCAAAAGUGGUAAUACUCCACCCAUAGAAGAGUUCCAUGAAUGUUUCCCUGUAGUGUUUCUCGACACUACAGUAACGGACACACUGUAUACAUUGUUGGCAAGAGCUUUAGGCAACAGAGUUGAUCUGAUACUUCAGUUGGUUGAUGCUGACUUUUCAUGGUCGGUGAAGAAAAAACCUGAUAAGGCUAUGAAAGAGGGGUAUAAACAGGAAAUAUCUUUUGGUUUUAUAUUAAACCCUGAGAACUGCCUGAAUAUUGUAGAGAAAGGACCACCUGCUAACUUACCAGAGGCUGAAGAGUUCAGGUAUGACGGCUCCAUCACGGAGACCUGCGUGUGGGAGGCCGACACGCUGGCGGACAGGAGGGGCGUCACCCGACAGAUAGUAGACUACCUGUUUAAACUGAAAUAUGGUGAGGAAAUAACCGAACUGGAGACUGCGUUUAGUUCUCGUGAAGACAAAUCUCCCCGUCUUUACAUAGUGACCGCUUACGACGGUGAUCUGCCUUCUGUAUGGAGUUCUAUAGCCCCUUCGCCGAAUGGUACGUUCGUCCCGUCUCUCGCCGGAUACGAUGUCAUCAUCCACCUAAAUUCUUCUCUCGUCCCAUACGCAGGGGAAAAAAUUAAUGCUACCCCUGUACUGAAGCCGGUGGCUGAAGUCAAAGACACUGAAGUCAUCCCUGUGGUUGAAUUCGACCCGGUUAGGAAAUAUUUGGAGGAGUUGCAGAGUGCAUAUAGCGAUUUCGCGCUCUUCUUCCAUGACAGUUACGGUGGUGACGUCAUCGCCGUGCUUUGGAAACCAGACGUCCAUAACCUGAGGGAUUUCCAGCUUACAAACGCGAACGCCCUAGUCCCGGUCACCGUUAAAGGGGAGACCAAAUACAAAAUAAACACAAGAGCACUGAUUGAAGACUUCAAGAUCCUCGGCGAUGGACUGGUCAGAGACGUAGUUGUUAAUAGCUAGUGUAAUACAGACCUUAAUGUUGGAAUAGUGUAGUUUAAUUUAGUAUAACACGUAGUUCUUGUAAAUUAUAAUAUUGUUACUUAGAUUAAAACAAAAAGGGAAGAUACGGUACGUUCAUACUAGCAUCAUAUAAAAUAUGAGCCGACUCAACCACAUAAGCAACUCUUACACACGCACACGUCUGUAUAUAAACAUACAUUCGAGCGAGCGAGACAGAACUGUACGCUUCAACGCAGCGCGAGCGAAACGGUGAGUCCGCUUUCGGCUGAGCUGUAUUGUUGUCCUUUUCUUGAUAACAAAAUGGCGAUUACGUACAAAACAUUCACGACAAUAUGUGAUUUUUGAGAAAAAAAAUGAUUUUAUAGUUUUACGAAUGAAAAGUGUUGCCGAGGUAUUUGUUAUUUGAUUUGAACUAUUUGUGUUCUUUAUAAAAGCAUCGAAGGCAUUGUUUUAUCUUUAUAACACAGAAUAUACGCAAUAUUGUUAUAUUGAGUGCACAUGCAGCGUGUUUGAAUGUCCAAUUG